AAAAAAGUUAUUAUUUAUUCACUUUUCAUGAGUGAUUGUAUGACAAACAGACACAUUAUUGGGACCAGCAGCAGAGAGGAUACAGUGGACCAGGGACAGCGCUGCCUCCUACUGGAGUUAAGGAGAGUAAAGAAGUCCCUGAGAGGAGAGGAGAGUGAAGUCUGAUGUGUGGGUAUCCAGACAGAACACAGGUGAGGUUUGAUUUAGACUUCCUGACGUCAUCAUUUUAAAUUCUUAAUGACGUUUAAAACAUGGAUUCGAAUCAGUGCCACGAUGCUUGUAGUUCCAGGGUAAGGCCAGCAGACGGCACCAGAGACUCGGUUUUCUUCUGCCUUUGACUGCCGUUUAUUUACAUCGAGGGUGAUUUGAUUGUUGGACAUUUGCAGCCGUAAUGAACUGCCUUAAUAAAACUAAUGAAAUACAGUUAAUUAUUAUCAUCAGUAUCACACAGACAAAUGACCGCACGCUGUGUGUGUGUGUGUGUUAGUUUUAAACACUUAAAUGAACACAUCACAUUUUAUAUUUAAAAAACAAAUCAGUAAAAUAUCUUUGAAUUGAAAGCCAAAAGUUUAAAUGUACAGUUUGUGUGUGUUUUAGCGCCAUCUAAUGUUUGUUUUUUCGUUGCUCAGCCCUCACUCCACCGUUGUUGUCUGAGCUGUGAGAAGAACUUCUUGAUGUCAGUGGAACACGAAGCUCCUCAGUGUUUGAUGUCAUGAUAAUCCAAUAUGGCCGCCACAUCUUAGAGCUAGCUGCUGCUGUACCGUUACUGUUUACGGAAACAUUAACGUGAAACAUCAGUGUCAGGUAAAACAACACGUUCAACACGAGUCAAACUCAGGGCAUUAACGAGUCGACGGUGUUUAAAUGUCACAUUUAUCGGACCUUCGUGUUUAUUAUAGACACAUUUAGAAAUGGCGGCGGAUAAACGGUGCUUGUUUUGCGUGAAGACUCAGGUGUGGUCACGUGGUCCCAGUCGCACCCGUUCACUCCACCAAAGGUGUGGCCUCCGUUUCUGCGGCGCCUCCUAUCGGUGAUGAGCGGAGCUGCGCUACAGCCGUUCUCCUCCCUUCAACCUCAGCAGAGUCACGUGACUGUAGCAGCAGCAAACGGCGGUGGAGCCUCAUCACCAUCAUCACUAUCAGCGCCUCCACCAACACCAUCAUCAUCAUCACCAGCAGCAGCAGCAAAAACAGCCGCCGACCAACGAGAGCUGCGCCGCAGGAGCUCGACGUUCUCUUCAUCGACCCACGGAGCCGGAGCUCGACAUGGCGGAGCCCCGUUAACUGCUCACCGAGCUCCGACACUUUCCUCUUUGUUCUGCCUCGACGUCUCCAGCGUUUUACCCGCACCUCCGCUUAGGAGCAGCGGGAGAAGCAGUUUUAAACACCGCGGAAGAGGGGGAGGAGGAGGAGGUGGUAGUGGUGGAGGAGGAAGGAGGUGUUUUCGUAUCCGAAUGGCGGACCGAGAGGCGUCGCCGAUCCCGCUGGAGAUCCGAGCCCGGCUGGCAGAGCUGGAGCUGGAGCUGUCAGAGGGGGACAUCACUCAGAAGGGUUAUGAGAAGAAGAGGUCCAAGCUGAUCAGGGCAUAUGUUCCACACGCUGGAGGUAUGGAAGGACCAAUGUCUCACCGGGCGGCACUAGGACCCCCGUCUGCUGCUCGUUUCCACAGACGGAGAACGUCCGGCACCAGGGACGAACGAUACCGUUCAGACGUCCACACGGACACGGUCCAGGCCGUGCUGGCCCGUCACGUGGAGAGGAAGGUCGCUGUGCCCAUGCCGUCCAAGAGACGCUCUCUGGUGGUUCAGACGUCCAUGGAUGCAUACACACCUCCAGGCCUGUCCCCCCUGUGCUCAGACUCCUCGUCGGGCUCAGAGGAGGAGGCGGGGCCAGGCGACGACAUGUCUGGUAUGGAGCACUGGAUGACCCGCCCCUCUCCGCUCGGCCCCGCCCACCUGGGCUCCACUUCCUCCUCAUCCUCAUCCACGCAGAGCGGAGGUAGCGGCAACGCGGGCCGCUUGGCCGACUCGCUGGCCCACGCGCACAUCUCCCACCUGGGCCACGGCCACAUAGCCCACACACACCUGGGCCAGUCCCAUCACCAGCAGAGUCACCACGGUAUCGGUCACUUGUCCUUGAAGAGGAAAGGAGCUCUGAGCGUAGCAGAAAACGGAGGCUCUCUGAGACGAUCCUGUGAGUUUGGCUCCGACAUGCUGUGGCCGCCACCUCUGGAGUCUGACGAGAACCACUCGGCCCCCCCUGAUGUGACAGGCUACUCCUCAGACUCUCCCCACUCCCACACGGAGCGCCACCACAUGGCCAACAUGGGCACCAUCGCCAGGAACACGCAGAAGUACGGCAACGCCGAGCGCAUGGAGACGGGCGACGGAGUUCCAGUCAGCAGUCGGGUGUCAGCAAAGAUCCAGCAGCUGGUGAACACGCUGAAGCAGCCGCGCCGACCGCCGCUACGAGAGUUCUUUGUCGACGACUUUGACGAGCUCCUGGAGGUCCAGCAGCCUGACCCCAAUCAGCCUCGACCAGAGGGGGCGGAGAUGAUGCCCGUGCGGGGCGAGGCUCUGGGUGUGGUCACCAACUGGCCUCCCUCCCUGGAGGCGGCGCUGCAGCGCUGGGGCACCAUCUCUCCAAAGGCCCCCUGUCUCACCAGCCUGGACACAGCAGGAAAGCCCCUCUACGUCCUCACCUACGGGAAGUUGUGGUCUCGCAGCAUCAAGCUGGCCUACAACAUCCUGCACAAACUGGGCAGCAAACAGGAGCCCAUGGUGCGACCUGGAGACCGGGUGGCGCUGGUGUUCCCUAACAACGACCCUGUCGCUUUCAUGGUGGCCUUCUACGGGUGCCUGCUGGCCGAGGUGGUUCCUGUCCCGAUAGAGGUUCCUCUGAGCCGGAAGGAUGCGGGCAGUCAGCAGAUCGGCUUCCUGUUGGGCAGCUGUGGCGUGACGGUGGCUCUGACCAGCGACGCCUGUCACAAAGGUCUGCCCAAGAGCGCCACGGGGGAGAUCCCACAGUUCAAAGGUUGGCCUAAACUCCUGUGGUUUGUCACGGAGUCCAAACAUCUGUCCAAACCUCCGCGGGACUGGUUUCCUCACAUCAAAGACGCAAACAACGACACGGCGUACAUCGAGUAUAAGACCUGUAAAGAUGGAAGUGUGUUAGGAGUCACCGUGACCAGGAUCGCUCUGCUCACACACUGCCAGGCGCUGACCCAGUCCUGCUGCUACACUGAGGCUGAGACCAUCGUGAACGUCCUGGACUUUAAGAAGGACGUUGGUCUGUGGCACGGCAUCCUGACGAGCGUGAUGAACAUGAUGCACGUGAUCAGCGUUCCCUACUCACUGAUGAAGGUCAACCCUCUGUCGUGGAUCCAGAAAGUCUGUCAAUAUAAAGCUAAGGUCUCCUGUGUGAAGUCCAGGGACAUGCACUGGGCUCUGGUGGCCCACAAAGACCAGAAGGACAUCAACCUGAGCACCCUGAGGAUGCUGCUGGUGGCCGAUGGUUCAAAUCCCUGGUCCAUCUCCUCCUGUGACGCCUUCCUCAACGUCUUUCAGACCAAAGGUCUGCGAGGAGAGGUCAUCUGUCCCUGUGCCAGCUCGCCCGAGGCGCUCACCGUCGCCAUCAGGAGGCCCGUGGAGGACAGCAGCCAACCUCCAGGUCGAGGCGUCCUCUCCAUGCAGGGUCUGAGUUACGGCGUGGUCAGAGUGGACACCGAGGAGCGACUGUCUGUGCUGACGGUGCAGGACGUUGGCACCGUCACACCAGGAGGCCUGGUGUGUGUGGUGAAGCCUGACGGCGUUCCUCUGCUCUGUCAGACGGACGAGAUCGGGGAACUCUGCGUCUGCUCCGUGGCCACCGGCACCUCCUACUACGGCCUCACGGGCAUGACCAAGAACACCUUUGAGGUGUACCCGGUCAGCUCCGGCGGCGGUCUGAUCAGUGAGUACGCCUUCGUGAGGACCGGUCUGCUCAGCUUCAUCGGCCCUGGCGGCCUGGUCUUCAUCACAGGUAAGAUGGACGGCCUCAUCAUGGUGAGUGGGCGGAGACACAACGCCGACGACAUCGUGGCCACGGCCCUGGCAGUGGAGCCCAUGAAGUUCGUCUACAGAGGCAGGUGA